CUACACUCAAAAAGAAUGGCUACAGCAAAUUAUUCACUAGUGACUGAGUUUAUGCUUAUAGGACUGACUGACCAGCCAAAGCUCCAGCUGCCCCUCUUCCUCCUGUUCCUGGCUGUCUAUGUGAUCACUGUGGUGGGGAACCUGGGCAUGAUCAUAUUGAUUAGACUCAGUUCUCAUCUUCACACCCCCAUGUACUAUUUCCUCUGCAGUUUGUCCUUCAUUGAUCUCUGUCAAUCAACUAUCAUCACCCCCAAAAUGUUGGUGAACUUUGUGUCAGAAAAGAACACUAUCUCCUAUCCUGAGUGCUUCACUCAGUUCUAUUUUUUUGCCUUUUUGGCAAUCUCUGAAUGUCACAUGUUGGCUGUCAUGGCUUAUGACCGCUAUGUUGCUAUAUGCCAUCCCCUUCUUUAUAGUCUUAUGAUGUCCCAUCAGGUGUGCUCCUUGUUGGUGAGUGGGGUGUAUGCAUUAGGCCUGGUUGAGGCCACAGUUCACACAGUAUGCUUGCUUAGAGUGAUCUUCUGUAAAGAUUAUGUUAUCAAUCAUUACUUCUGUGAUCUUGUUCCACUCUUGAAUCUUUCUUGUUCUAGUACCUAUGUCAAUGAUGUGGUGAAUCUGGCCUUUGGUACAUUUAAUGUCCUUUUUCCAACCCUGAUCAUUAUUUGCUCUUAUGUUUUGAUAGUUGCUAGCAUUUUGAAAAUUCAAUCAACUGAAGGCAGAUCAAAAUCCUUUAGGACCUGCAGCUCCCAUAUUGUAACAGUCGGUGUCUUCUUUGGCUCUGGUGCAUUCAUGUACCUCCAGCCAUCUUCAUCCAAUUCCAUUGGUCAUGGGAAAGUGUCCUCCAUGUUUUAUACUAUUAUUGUGCCCAUGCUAAACCCCCUCAUCUACAGUCUGAGAAAUAAAGAUGUUAAAAUCGCCUUGAACAAAGUGAUAGAAAGAACAUUCCAUUGA